GGAACUUCCCCCCCUUGUUGUAGUUUCCACUGAAGCAUGACCUUGUCAUGUCCAUCUUUAUCUCUAACAGUUCAGCUUCACCUGGUUUUACAGAAUGGAUCAAAGAGAAAUUAUCACGCAAAAUCUGGAAACAGCCCAAAGCAGAAAGCUCAACAAAGAGGAGUUCACUAAAGAAUUUUUGGUAAGUAAACAGCAGCGAUAUUUCUCAGUCUGAAUUCAUUCUAAGGGGAAGCCUUCAGCUACUGUGGAAAAUGUGCGGCUUAACAAUUGUUGAGUCUUCUAGCUUGUAGACAAUUAGCUGCAACGUUGAAGCAGCAUUGAAGGAGCAAAGGUGCAAAAGUAUUUAACUGUUUGGCUCUUACGUGCUUUACCGUUUCAAAACUAGGUCCUUCCUGUUUCUUCUUGUGAGACUGUAUUACUAUCGCUUUUGGCUUGAUUGCAAAAUCAUUUGCUGCUAAUUUCCUACUAACACGGGGAGAUAAAAACAGUGUUUGGAUUACAGGUGGCCAAUGGGGGCUAGUGGGGAUCCUGGCCCUUUCGCCUUUGUGAUGGUCACAUAGCCAGUGUUGACACCAUGUUUGGGGGGCCCUUGGGCAAAAUGCUUCCACCUCCAUGCUAUAGGCAACAUUCCCUUUGAGCCCAAUGUGCACCACUGCCCAGGAGGAGAGGGCAGGAGCAAAGUCUGCCAAUCUGCCUCCUCUAUCCAAUGCUAAGACAUCCAAUGCUAUGACAAAAUGCUUUCUUAAUGGUCAUUAUAUUAUGCAUUAGCUUUUAAUAGAAUUGUCAGAGUCUGUAUUCUUUUUCCAUUUUAUAUCCCUCUGACCUCAGUAUUUCCCCAUUUCCCCAAAUCAUGUGCAUAUAUGCUUGCCAAUUUAGGAUCAUGUAUCUGCUGAAGGGGACUGCAGCCCAUGAAAUAUUAUGCCAUAAUAUGACAGCCUUUAAGGUGUCAUAACUCUUUGUUGGUUUGCUACAACGAAUUAAUGCAGCUACCUCUCUGGAAAUUACUCCUCCUUGCUUGUGUUCUUGAAGAGAGCAGGUGAACUGCAGGAACAGUAAGGAGGUGGAGCAGAGCAGGGUACUCUGGGGAACGCACAGUGGACCUCCUUCUGGGGUGUGGGCAGGGUACCCAACGUUGCCAACAUCAAAAGUCAGUCCUAUCUUUAGAAUCUAUGUUUAGAAGGCUACCCAGAGUGGCGGAAGCAUGAUUUGGCUAAAACUGGAGGGGGGGGGAAGAGUGUCAGGGAGUGAGGCUUCUGGAUUUCGUUAAACUAUGAAAUUCACGGCCACAAGUGUUGGCAGCAGGGGCUUCCCAUAGAUAUUUGGGAAGAUAGGCAGACAGGCCUUUAGUCUGACCCAUCAAGGCUUAUCAGAGGCCUCCCAUGAGAGGAUUACAAACGGUUUUUAAAACUGAUAUUUUUUUGAUAAACUGCUUAGAGGUUUUGUUACAAACAAGCAAUAUAUGUGUUUUGUUAAAUGAAAAAAAGAAGAAAAAAAGAAUGGCGGCAGGCGUUAUUUAUUUGAAGGACAGCUUGUCCCCCACGGCUGUGCCCUGCAAUGGACAUACAGCCACCUGGAAGUGUUUGGUGGGUUGCAGGAUACAUUGCAUACCCUCCAAGUGUCUGGAUCACACAAGCCAAUUCCAGCUUCUGUUUGGAUCCCAGUAUGUCCCGUUUUUUGGUCCGGUGCUCUGGCAUGAGUCCUCACGCUGGAUUGCCAGACUGAAAGACGCUCACUCUGGCACGACCCAGUAUUUUAUUAAUACAAAAGCCCACAUGGGGUAUCAGUGAAGAAAAGUGUUUAGAAUAGUGAUUUUCUUCAAGUUACUUUAAUUUAUGUGUUUGUGUUUUUUGGGGGGAGAAGGUUGUAUUUCUCACUUUUAAUGCAGAUGAAAAAUCUGUAUUGCCUAGAAUGCCAGUCCAAUUUAAAGCAGUUUUAUUCUGUACACCCACCCACCAAACCUGCUGGAUCACACCAAUGGCUCAUCUAGUCCACCAACCUGUUCUCACAGCAGCAGACCAGAUCCCUGUGGGAUGUCCACAAGCAAGACAUGAGUACAAUAGGACUCUGCUGACCUGCAAUUCCCAGCAACAGCAGAGGUAGAACUUAGCCAGCAUGGCUAGUAGCCAUUGAAAGCUUUGUCCACUCUGAAUUUCCCUAAUCUUCUUUAAAGCCACCAAAGUUGGUGGCCAUCACUGUCUCCUGGAGAAGUGACUUUACCUAAUUGGGUGCACUCUUCCCACCUUGGAUCAAAUCUAUGCUUCCAGGUGUCAUAAGAAAGCUGCAGAGAUAGUGCAGGAUAGUACGCGCCCCGGAAAUGAUCUCUUUCAGCUUCUGCCUUCUCGAAGAAGGUACAGGGUUAUAAAGACUAGGACUAGCCGCCUGAGAAACAGUUUUUAUCCAAAUGCAAUUUUGGUUUUAAACGCAGUGUAAGGUAGUCUCUGUGGGAGUAUAUUGUAUUUAAUUAUGGGGUAUCAGAUUUUUUAGGGGGUUAACCAGGCUGGCAUAGCAGGCUUGUUGGUUUUUGAAUGUCUGAUGUAGAUUUUUUCCAAUUUCGUUGUUCUGUAUGGGACAAUGACAAUAAGGAUUAUCGUAUCGUAUUGUAUCAUACCUAUGCCCUACACAGAUAAGAACUUUAUUUUUCCUGUCUUGAUUCUUACAAAUAUUCAGCUUCAUUCGAUGUCCACAAAUUCUAAUGUUAUGAGAGAGGGAGAAAAUAUUUUCUAUAUUAAUUGCAUAGAAAAAGUGGACUUUUUUUUUGUCCUGCUUUUCCCUGGGAAAAACCAUGUUUUACUGCUGAAUCAGAACAAAUGGCAGUGGUGGUUUUCUGUGGGAAAUGCCUGUGCCUGAAAAACACAGUACAAAGGGCAUUCUGGGCAAGCCCUCUGUUUACAGUGGUCCUUUUGGAGUUCUUCACAAUCUCUUUUUGUUUUAAUGACCCUGAACCAUUUCAUAUCAUCAGCAAACUUGGCCACCACAAAGCUCACCCCUAACUCUUGACCUUUCUUUGUAUUCCAUUACUGCAAAGUUUACUCAAGAACCUUUGGUGAGGUACUUUGUUCAAAGCUUUUUUUGAAAGUCUAAGUACACUGUAUCAGUUUGACCAUCUCUGUCUAUAUGCUUGUUGACUCUCUCAAAUAACUCUAACAGGUUCAUGAGACAGGACUUGCCCUUGGAAUCCUGGAGCAUGCAUAUCAAUAACAUUCACAAGUGACUCAUUCCAGAAUGAAAAGCAUUCUUAGCAUUGCUUGUGAAAAUGCCCACAGAGCUUCUUGUGUGAUACAACUUUCCCCCCUCCCUCUGCCAAGGCAUGAAGUCGUGUGGGGCUGAGGGUGUACAGGCAACUGGAAUGAAAGGGGAGCAAGGCUAGUCAAAGAAAUUUUGAAUGCUUGAUGUGAAGGACAAGAUGGUGCCCUCUUUCCAUAUUCAGAAGUUGACUGGACUACAGCUGAAUCCUACACUGGCAACAGGACAGCAUCUACCACCCCACCUAAGACCUGCCCCAGUUUUAUAGUGGGAGGAAAUUCCAAGCUCUUCCCUCAUUUCCUUUUCUGCUAGGAAAGAGUGAGUCCAUUCACACAGCCACGAGAAAACCUGAAUUAUUCCACACAGCACAAUACUCAAUACCCCUGCAUUAGUGAAUGUUGGCAGUGAUUAAUCGGCAAAGAUAGCACCUCUUCCUCCUGGGAACUCUGUCUUUUAGGGUGACUACUUACGAUUCAUGAAUAAAGAGUGACAUCAGUUUGAAAAAAGAUUUGCAUGUGCUAUACAGAGAGACAAAUUUAGAAAUUAUUAUUAUAAAUUAAAAAGAAAUACAGUGCUUUUCACCUUGGUGGGGAAGACUGUGAUCAGAUGACCUGUGUGCCUGCUUGGUUGGAAGUCCAGAUACUAAAUGUUCAUGGGCAACUUCAAGACCCCUCCUCUUGCUUUGUGUGGUUCUUUUUCUUUAAACUAGACUUGGUCGCCUUUGAAAUAGAGGACUGUCCUCUAUAAAGUAGGACACAUACCCCCUAAUGUCAUAUGUGUGAAGGUUACUCAGUGGCAAGGUAAUGCUGAGAGGCACGCACACUCUUGCUUCAAAUGUUCUCUUCUUGAGGCCUGCCAUUAAAAGCAACUUCCUUUGCUUAGGCCUUGCAGUAACAGAAUCAGAGAGUUGAAAGGGAAUUCAGAGUUCAUCUAAACCAGUUCCCCUGCCAGUGCAGGAAAUCCAUCAUUACAUCAUCCUGAUAGAUGGCUUUAAAGCAUCUAAUGAAGGAGAAGCCACCAUCUUCUGAGGCAGUCAAUUCCAUUGUCAAAUAGCUCAAUGCCAUCAAGAAGUCCUUCCAAAUGUUUAGCAGAAAUCCUUUUUUUAUUGAAAUUUGAAAGCAUGGGGUUCAAGCCCUAUCUUCUGGAGCAAAAGAAAAUAAAUUUGCUCCAUCUUCUGUGUGAGAGACCUUUGAUACAUAAUCAGCCUGUUGAUCCAAGUCAGUGAUGUUUCCCUUUCUUCCCUUGUUGAGUGUGAUUGACAGAUUUACAGGGACAGAGGUAGAGGUUAGCAGAGCAUCAGAAUGGCCUCACCACCCUCCCUAUCCUAGAACCUGUUGAAUUUUGAGCCCCUCGAGGUGCCAAAAUGAGCAGCUAUUAGAAUUCAUUCUGUUUAUUGAGAGUGGGAAGAGCCCAAGGGUAAGAUCAGCUCAGGCAGUUCCUCCACCAUUUCAUUUCUAUGGUAAAUGUGACAUGGAUCAUCCAGACUUUGACAACUUCAGAGCUACUAUCCUGCCAGUUAGGAUUUCAUUCACUUGGUCAUUUUUAAAAUGGUUUUGUCUCAGCCCAUUUUGACUGUAUGAUGCAGGAAUGAUGGGUUUUGGACACCAUUAAGACUGGGGGAGAAAUGCAUUUACACACACAUCACAUCACAUCACAUCACAUCACAUCACAUCACAUCACAUCACAUCACAUUUCACUAUCAAAUUCCAGGGCAGUUUACAUAUAUUAAAGCAACAGUACACCAUAGGAACACAGGGAGCUGCCCUAUACUAAGUCAGACCUAUGAAUCUUGCAAUGAGGGUCCCAUGGAAUGAAUCUAGGCUAAUCUCUUAGGAAUGUUUGGGUCAAAAGGCUUCUGUCUCAAUUGAGGAGUUGGGCCAGAUGACCUUUGCAUCUCUUCCAGCUUUGUGAUUCAAUGAUUCUCAUAGUGGGGGUUGCUGAACUGUUUUGCAAAGAGUUUCUGACUCAUCUGUUCCCCCACCCACAGCUCUUCAUUCUGCAUUUUGGUAGCAUUAUCUUGAAUUACUUUCCUAUGGCAAACGUAACACGCAGGCCAUCAGCUCCUGGACAAACUAUUAUAUAGUAGUUAUAUUCCUGCAACUUCCCUGUGGUUAUGAAUGAGGGUUGCCACCUUGGUUCUGGCAAAAUACAGGACAGGGUGGGGUGGGGAGAGCAGUUGGGGGGGGGACUCUUUCUUGUUUCAUCUGGUGCUGAAGUGACUUCAGAGCAAUCCAUUACAAUCUAUUGCAGCCUAACAACAUGCCCCUCUGGAAUUUGUCACACACACACAAAUUUGUAAGUCUGUCUGUGCUUGGCUACCCAAAGCUUAAAUACAUGACCUUUCACACCAUUUCAAAUACAUGCAUUUGGGGAGAGACAGACAGACAGACGACAGACAGACAGAGAGGAGGAGACCUGAAAUAUAGGACAGAACUGCUUCAAUACAGGACAAUCCUGUAAUAGGUGGCAAUGGAUGGUGGGCACAGGGGCUAAGGUGGGUUGGGAGUGUGCAUUAUAUUGAUCUUGUGCAUUGUGCUCUUGUCCACUGUUAACUUGUCAGUUGAAAGCUGUGAAGUGUGUUGAAGCUGUGCACAUGUAGAUUCUAUCCACAUGACUGGCGAUUCUCUUCCCCUCCUGCUCCAUUGAUUUGCUUAUUUUUAUAUUUUAAAAAAUGUGCCCCUUUUUCAUAUGAAUUUCUAAAAGCAGUUCAACAACUAAUAAAACAUCUUGUAUGUAAACUGAUGCUACUUAAAGAAACCAAACAAUAAAAACAAAAAGAACAGCAAGAAGCAACAAAAGCCAUACAAAAGCCAGGAGGGUAAAAAACAAACCAGUUUAUUUUCAAAUAAACUGAAACAUCAUUAUUUGCGUUUGCAAGGAGUAAGCAGUAUGGUUCCCUCUUGCUAGGGCGUUUCACAAUGUUACUGCUGCUGCUGUAAGGUCCCUGCUAUAAGGGGAGACCAUCCUGGCCUCAGUGUAGGAUGGAAAUCUGAGCAGAAGAUCUCAAGUGCUGAGACGAGGGAACACAGGAAGCCACCUUCUUAGUAGUUCAUUAGACCAAACAGACUAGACAUUAUGUUUUGCAUAGGGGAGAUUGUCAGAGCUGAGCUAUAGGGAGUCAUCAAGAGAAAGCCAAGACUCCUGGGGCUGAGGUUCUUGCACCCCCGCUAUAAAAUAACUGAGGGGGCCGGGUCCUGCAAAAUUGAUGGGCACCGCCAUUCAAAUGGUGUGCAUGCACCGUGCCUUGUAAUCGAUUAUGUGGGACAGGGCUUACCUGGGCUCCCCCAUAUUUUAUUCAAGUUGCAACCCCUGGCCAGAAGUAAGAGGUCUCUCUCUCUCUCUCUCUCUCUCUGUCUCUCUCUCUCUGUGUGUGUGUGUGUGUGUGUGUGUGAAGCCAGGGAACAUGGAGAUAGUCAUGGCUAUGGAACAAGCAAGGAGAGUCAUAAGGUGCAAGAUUAUUCACCAGUUUGGUCCUGGUAUUUGCACUUAAAUAAUUUAUUUUUAUGUCGCAAUGAGACCGUAGAGUGGCUAGGAUUUUAACUCUUUUGAACAAUAUAAAUGCAAACACAUACAUAUAAAUUUGGAUAAAUGACUUUUGUAGUAUAUUGGUGGCUGCGCAGCCCUUGUAUAGUGUGGCUGUAUGAGACAAUGGGAAGGAGAAUUACAGAGAGCAGUCCUGAUGCCGGUGUUCAGAAGUGAGAUGGUUUUAUGAUCUCAUGAAAAACAGUGGGAUAACAUAACUCUUCAAGCACUGCCUAUCGUGCAGGGGAAAUAUGUUUGUGACGCAGGGGCUGCAAUUUGAAGAGAAAUGGUUGUUAAAGAAAAUUCCUCUAGACUCUUCUGGCAGGCAUGUAACACCGCUGCAGCAAUAAAGAAAAUGUAUGCUGCUUCCUCCUGUAAAUGUUGGAGAUGUAAUUGUAAAGAUUAUGGUUUUCUUCAUACUUACAAAAGGUUUAUGGAAAGGCAUUUUAAAAGUCAUAUUACAGAUAAUUGGAGAUAUGCUACUUCCACAGGUAGAACUGCUAAACAAUUUGUGAAGUGGUGUAAAAGAAGAAACACAGGAUAUCAGUUAGCAAUCUUACAGGAGGUGCUAGAAUGCUGAUUGUAAGAAAGAAACAAAGAAAUAAAGAACACGGAAGCAUGUCAAUCUGUAGAAAAAUGGAAUAGAGAUAUAUGGAAAUUAUUAACAGCUUUUAUUACUAAUAUAAGGCUGGGCAAUGACAGAGCUAUGAUUAAUUUCAUGAAUAACUAGGAAAGUGUAUACUCUUCUGGAAGAGAAAUAAAUAAAUAUUGAGAAAACAAUUCCCCCAUGGAUGUUAACAAUGCUGUGAAGAUUCAUUAUUAUUUUUAUGUUGGUUAGAUGCUUUAUACAAAAAGUCUCGAAGUGACAACAAGAUAAAAAAAAAUACAAACAGUUAAAAUAAUUAAAAAUAGGAAAAUUUAAAAACAAUGUACAACGCAGAAUUCCGAAAAAUGCUCAUCUAACAAUGCAAGAAAGAAAGUCAAGCUUUGGACUACAAGAACCCAAAGCUCAACAGGUAUUUUUAUGGGUUUAUGGGAUUAUAACGUAACAUUUUUCCUGCUCCAUAAUAAAUCCCUCUUCUCAGGUAACUCUGAGAACUGUUGAUCUGUGUAAGUGAACAGGGAUCUCCUAACAACUCUCAGGCCUCUUAACAAACAUGGGGAAAUGGAUCAAAUUUGUUUUUAUUAGCCAAUAUAUCCCAUAUUCUUAAAAGUGAUUUAAUUGUUUCCAGAGUCACCUGAGAUUUCAAAUAUUUAGAUCCUAAUACAGUCGUACCUUGGAUCCUGAACGCCUUGCGAGUAGAACGUUUUUGCUCCUGAACGCUGCAAACCCAGAAGUGAGUGUUCCGGUUUGUGAACAUUCUUUGGAACCCGAACAUCCGCCAUGGGUUCCGCAGCUUCCGAUUGGCUGCAGGGGCUUCCUGCAGCCAAUCGGAAACCGUGCCUUGGUUUCCAAACAUUUUGGAUGUCAAACGGACUUCUGAAAAGGAUUAACAGAAUAACCUGAUAUUUUACCAAAAGCGUCUGUCAUUUGGAUCAAGAUGGGUAUGCUAGUCUGAGGUUCCAAAAUAAACAAAAGUAUAUCGUCUGCAAAUAAAACUAACUUAUGUUCAACUGAAUUAUGAACUGCUCUGUGAAUCUCACUAUGUUGUCAAAUAGUGCUAGCCAGAAGGAGAGUCCACAACCUCCCAAGACAGUCUAUUCCACUGUCGGACAGCUCUUACCAUCAGAAAGUUAUUCCUGAUGUUUAGUUGGAAUCUCCUUUCUUGUAACUUGAAGCUACUGGACUGAGUCCUACCUUUUGGAGCAAGAGAAAACAAGCUUGUUCCAUCUUCCACGUGACAGCCCUUUAAAUAUUUGAAGAUGGCUUUCAUAUCUUCUCUCAGUCUCCUCUUCUCCAGGCUAAACAUACUCAACUCCCUCAACCGUUCAUCAUAAGCCUUGGUUUCCAGCCCUGAGUUUUGCACUGAACAGAUGUUUUGUGUCAUGAUUUGUUAUGAAAUGUUGACUUUUUUGGAUUGGUUGUUGUGCUGGGCAAUAUUAUGGAAAGUGGUAGAGAGCAGGACAAGGUAUAACAGCUGAAAACCAUAAAUAAAAUGUAUGUAAAUAGACACUAUGCAAGUUACUAUCACACACCGUAGUUCCUCACUCUCUGUAACAGUGGUCAGGAUGAGAUGGGAAACCAGUGGCAAUUAUAAAACGCUUUGAAGAUUGCCAAAUUGUGCCAAAAUUGGCUAAAUUUAGCUCAGUGGUAGAGCAUCUGAUUUGGAUGCUGAAGGUCUCAGAUUCAGUCCUUGGCCUCUCCAGGUAUGGCUGGGAGAGAAGCUAGUCUAAAAUCCGGAGAGCCAUUGCCUGUCAGCCUAGACAAUACUGAGCAAGAUGAACCCAUGGUCUGACUCCAUAUAAGGUAGUUUCCUGUACUCCAAUUCUACUAAUAUUCCUGCCACCUCAGAUUUUUUAACUCUGUUUUAUGUAUAUAUUUGUUAGUUUUGUUUAAAGAACUUCUAAGCUGCUCUUCAUCCAAGAGGAUCCCAGGGUGGUAUAUGACAAUAACAACCAUGACAAAAGAUUAUUUUAUUGUGUCAUGGGAAUUGGGUUUCCAGACAAUUCAAAAGCAGGAAGAAUGGACCAGUAUUUGUGUGGGGAAAAUGUAGCAACAGAGCUGUAGUUGAGCUUCUUCUCUUUUGUCAAUAGAAGCAUUUUCAUAUUUUCCACAUGUGUCUGAAGAGUGUAUUAUUCCACCACAUUACACCUGUGCGACGCCUGCGGAGCAAGUAUUUUUCUAUGAAGCCACAUCAGAAACAUAUGUGCCUGAGCUGUGCAUGGUUCCUGCUUGGUUCACAAACUUUCCACUUCUCAGAAGCCUCACACUGCAAAGUAAUGACGACUGUUUGGUUCUCUGUGUGGUUGUUUCAAGUGAGGCUAGUCAGGAAAUAAUGGGAGAUGCAGGCCUAUGACACUGUCUAUAUGUUCUUUGUAAUCUCUCUUUAUGAUUUAACAACAGAAACUGAAAAGGCAAUCGGCAACCUACAGAGCUGACAAAAUCUACCCAACGGCUACAUCUGAGCAGCCGGAAAAUAUCAGCAAGAACCGAUAUAAGGACAUCUUGCCAUGUAAGCUAGGAAUUAAAUAUUUAUCACCGUAGUUUUUAAUCUUUCCAGCUACUGUAUGAAUGAGGUGACGUGUAUUUGGGAUGUGUACACCCUCUACUUUUAAAGCACAUUAUUUCCUUCAAAGCCCUGUAGUUUACCCCUCACAAAGUUCCACUUCCCAGCAACUCUUAACAAAUGUCAGUGCUCAGAAUGUGCUUUAAAAUGCAGAGUCUGUACACAGCCUUGCAGUGUGAAUGGCCCCUGUGCUUGUUAGAAUUAAUAUAAUGUAUACAACUUGGAUCCUAAAUUAACCUAAGGACAUUAUUGCCUCUCUGCAUCUCAGGUAAAGUGUUUGUUCUAGUGAGGUCUUCAGGGGUGGGAGGCGGAGAAGAAUAACAGGUUCUAUCAUGUUGAGGGCAAUUUCCCCCUUCUCAGCAGCCCAUUAUGUCUUUUCCUAUAUUGUUCAGGAGAUAAACUUCAGAGAGACUUUUGGGGGGGUGUAUAGGGAGAGGAAUCUUUCCUUUCAUGAACUUUCCUUUCAUGAACUUGCCUUUGGACCCAAGGCAAGUUGUAUGCAAACAUGCUAUUCACACACACCACACAAAUGCCGAGUGGGGUGCAAAUAAGAAUGAGUAUAUGGUUCACACUCAAUACACAUCAACAGGUUGGUACAAAGAUACAUGUUUUCUGAUACAUCUUAGAAAAAAGAUCAAACAAGUUUAGAAGGGCUUUUAAAAGAACGCUUGUUUACCUUCCUGUCAAUAGCAAUAGCUAGAGGAGGGGAGAUAUCACAGGGAUUAAUCAGUGGGUGCCUGUGAGACACUAGUCAAAGCAGCAAUUAUGGAAGCACUAGCUGGGUUGAAAUCUCUUUUCCCCAGCAACUGAAUGUUUUCAUUCUGAGAACUGGGAAAAUGCUAUUUCCUUGGUUUGGAUGCAAUACUUUAGUGAUGGCUAUGUACAUUGAGCAUAACAAAUGUGUCACCUUGACACAUUCUGACCACAAAAAACAAUACCCAUUCUCUGAAAAAGGCUCUUAAUAUGUAUAGGUUCCAUGACUCAUGUUCACCUUUGCAUGCUGAUAGACUUCUUAGGUCAGUCAUUCCUUCCCCCCCCUUACUGUUUCAUUCACUUGUGAUUGUCGUCUGAUUAGGGUACAACUACCCACUAGUUAGGGACGCGGGUGGCACUGUGGGUUAAACCACAGAGCCUAGGACGUGCCGAUCAGAAGGUCAGCGGUUCAAAUCCCCGUGGCGGGGUGAGCUCCCGUUGCUCGGUCCCUGCUCCUGCCAACCUAGCAGUUCGAAAGCACGUCAAAGUGCAAGGAGAUAAAUAGGUACCGCUCCGGCGGGAAGGUAAACGGCGUUUCCGUGCACUGCUCUGGUUCGCCAGAAGCGGCUUAGUCAUGCUGGCCACAUGACCCGGAAGCUGUACGCCGGCUCCCUCAGCCAAUAAAGCGAGAUGAGUGCCGCAACCCCAGAGUCGGUCACGACUGGACCUAAUGGUCAGGGGUCCCUUUACCUUUACCCACUAGUUAGCUGACAUAGUUUCCUAACCUCAUAUUUUACUUGUAAUGCUAUUACAGAGGUAGGGAACAUUUAGAGGGGAACAUCAGUUGGCUUAACCCUUCUCCUCCCACAAUUCUUUAUCUAGUUCCUCUCUCCCCCUCCUCACUGUGGAGCAGCUGGGGAGGGGUUGUUUGGCACUAUUGUCACUGGCAGAUCAAGGAAGGCUCAAGCACAUUCACUGUCCACUCACCACCCCUGCAUUAUCAGUAGCUGGCAAAUAUGUUUGCUGAAAUAAUUUGCAGUUCUUCCCUUAAUUAAAGAACAUAGACUCCUCUCUGAGAUCUCAGCCAUAACAACUUUGGCGAUACGUAAGUUAUAUUUUGCCAUUCUGGAAGCUGCAACUUGAGUUCUCCAAAUUCCUGGGCAUUAAAGCUGCUCACAUGAGUAGAUGUUUCCUGUGAAGGAAUAAAAUGGGGAUCGGAGUGGCUUCUGACCUUUUGCCAGAUGAAAAUGAUCUUGGAUAUACUGAGUUGUAUCCAGUACUGUGGAAGCAGAGCUCCUCUCACACAAUGGGACUUCCAUUUCCUCUCUUUCCACUAUGCUCUCUCAAAAUCUGCUCGCUCUCUCUCUCUCUCUCUCUCUCUCUCUGUGUAUGUCCUCCAAUACUUUGGAGUUGAUUUUGAGAGCUGCAGAGGAACAGAAGAGGAAGUUCCAUGACAGGCACAGAAGUCUGUUGUAUGAACAGAACUGCAGCAUUGGAUGCAGCACACUUAAACAAAACCUGGCUUUCAAAGGCUUGGAUCCAAAAAUCCUCCUUCCCAUAGCAGCCUCUCAAAACUCCACUUCUGAGGGCUGCAUGGGGUUGCAGCUGUGUAUGUUCGAAUCAGCUACUUGGCCCAUUCAUGAGUAGAAGUGCCUUUCAUUUGGAUGAGAAGAUAUUUGGACCCAACCCCAAGUUUAUUAGAUACAAUUUAUCAACACCAUUUAAUUUAAUAUCAAAUAUAGAUAUUCUGUGGAAGAGAUGGAAAUAGACUUGGUUGGGGGAUGGAUUGGUGUGUGGCAGGAGAUGAAAACACUCUGGGAGCAGGAAACAGAGAAGGAAAUAUACCCAGUGGUGCAUAUACUUAGGCAGGAACAACCUUUUGCUCCAAUACAAUGCAAAACAAGCUAUUUUGAUCCUUGUUGGUGCACCACAGAAGAAGCUAAGGUCAAGCACAACCCCCCCCCCCGAACAUUCUGUGAUGCAAAUGAGCAUGAACUGUGCUGCUAGUUACGUAUUUCUUUCUCUCUUUCUGUUCAGGCCAGGAAAUAUUAUGGGGAGCAGCACUAAAAAAAAGUGUGCAUCCUUGUGAAAGUGCUUGGAAUGUGCCUGUGCAGUUGGGUGACAAAAGGGUUUAAGGGUGACCUCUCACAAAGCAACUGUCACAGUGAAACUUGACUUGGAUUUGCUGUUCUAGGAUCCGUUAUAUAAAGUUGUUUCAUUUGCUCUUCCCUAUAGAUGACCACAGCAGAGUGAAGCUCUCCCUUAUCACGUCUGACAAAGACUCUCAUUACAUCAAUGCCAAUUUUAUCAAGGUAGUACCUCAUUUGGUGGCCUGUCGCACAUGAUUCGCAUGGACUGUAGGCUCUGCUGAGUGAAAAAUACAGGCAUAUGCUAAUAAUCUAAAGCUGUCAUUGAGCCCCUGGAGACAUUUAAAAACUGGAAAAAACUGUUGUGGGUACUGCACACACACACAUAAUAUAUGCAUGUACACAAUGCAAUCAGUCAGUAAUGGGAACGACAGACCACAACUGCAUAUAACCUCCAAUAAUUUGCCCCCAUCCUGCAGUUAGGCUUGAAAAAAGCCUCUUAUUGGCUACAAUGGAAGGCUUCUUUCAAGCCUAAUUUCAGUAGAAUGGGUGGCUGUGGGACAACUAGAAAGGCCUAUGUGAUGCCUGGAACAGCACUCAUGAUUGCUGCUUUGGUGACCCACAAUCCUUAGUCAGGUUUAUAUGAGAAUGCAAAUGGUUUAAUGGAGAAAGUACUCCUCACAUUGAAGAGAUCCCAGGAGUGGCGAAUUAAUUAAAAUAUAUUUGAAAAGUUAUAGGGCCUUUGAAAUACCUUACGUUUGGGCUUCUAAUUUAAUCCUAGGCUACGUGAGUUCCUUCCACUGCCUUCCUCACUAAGGAAGUACUCUAAGGAAGUUGUCUCCUCUCAAUAGUUCUCUGUCCCAUUUAAUAGCAGGAAGUCACACAACCUCCUGUUUUUAGCAGUCCUUCUGAAGUUAACGACACAACCAAUUUCAGGAUAUUGUUACGAGUUUUUGGGUGCCCAGAUCCCCCAAAAUUCCUGGGUCUAAAAAAAAGUUAGAAUUCUGUGUCUGUUUUGCAAGCUGGAGGGGGGCGGGGCAGGAAAUGGGUGGCCUGUUUUACGCUGCAGUGAGGGUCAGUGAGGGCCAGUCACAAUGUUUGGGGUUUCUUAGAAUCUGGAGCUGCAGCAAUAGAGGGGACAGGACCUUCCUGGCAUGUGAAUGCUCUGCAUUUUCUCCAUCUAGGCUUGUGUUGUAUAUAUGUGUAACUAAAUUAUAUAUAAUAAAGACACCACAGUCUCUGCUGUGCCUCAUUGUUCCAAAAGGAAACACAGACCCUGAUCAGUGUGCCAGGUACCCCUGGAAUCUCACACCAGUUGGAGAUUGGGGAGGCGUGUAACAAUAUAAUGGGAAAAUACAAAAUACUCCAGAGUGGAUUGCACCUAAAUGCUUUUUAACAAAAACUUGUAUUUUAUUUAUUUCCUUUUUAGGGUGUGUAUGAGCCAAAGACUUACAUAGCUACUCAGGGCCCCCUUCCCACAACUGUUGUUGACUUCUGGAGGAUGAUUUGGGAAUAUAAAGUCCUGGUAAGCUCCAGAUCAGUGCUACUUACAAGUCACUCCUACAGUUUUACAUUCAAACAUUGCUUGCUUUUUCCAGGGGAGGGAUGGGGUCCCAUGAAAUGAAUUAAGUCAAGGGAAUGGUUGCACUAAUUCUGGAGUUUACAGACCUUGGUUACAGCUUGUGUUUAGUCAGGAGAGAACUAAGCCACAAGCCCAGUUUCAGAUGGUACACUAAUCCAAACUGUGGCUUAGCUCAGUGUGGUGCAGUAACAAAUCAGCUUGGGAGAAGUGGUCUGGACACACAUGCAUGCAUAUUAAGCCAUUGUUUUGUGUAGUGUGAUGUGCAAACCAGGCCAGAUUGUGGUUUGUUUGGAGUUAAGCAAGCCACAAUUCCUGGUUCAAAUAUAAUGCUAAGUCAGAGAUCACGGUUUGUUUCCUGCCUUCACUAGUGAUAAGGUUAUGACUUACUGUGAUACGUAAAUAUGUAUUCAUACCUAUUGCUUUCUGCUAGACUUUGCUCCCCAUGUUUCAACCUGCUUUUAGCCUGCUUUAUCAUGGGUUUUCUUUUCAUCAUUUUGCAUUCAUGCACAUGUGCAGUUGUACAGUGAUCAUAUUUACAUUAACUCCCCCUGGUGAUGCUUACAUUCAACAGCCUGUCCCAUACACUAACAGCAGAUGCUGAGACUUGGCAACAGUGGAAGGAGCCUAAAGUCAACAGCUACAACAGCUGCUGGAUAAUUUCUGGACACCGUGGUAGAGUUUAAAAGUGCCUAAACAUUGAAUCCCUUGUUUUUCCAAAACCCACUAAUCCUACAUAAGCAACUAAAUGUUGCAGCUCAUACAAAUUAGGGAAACAAAGCAAAUAUGUACAGCUUAUUCCGUUCCCAGGAUUUGAGACUUCUAGCUAUAUAAAAAGGAUGGAGUUCUUACUUAAAAAAAAAAAAUCUAAGCCAUCCUACUGCACACAGCCAUUUUCUAUAAGUGACAAUUCUGCUCAAAGGCAUCACCAGCCACAUGCUGCAUAUUUGCAUGUCCCAUGCACACACUGGAGGGCAGGGGCAGCCAUAUGGCAUCAUGCGUCACUUGUACGCAUUCCAGUUUCCCUCCUGGUUAAUGCACAUGUUCCCUUAUUGUGAAAAAAUCUGAUUAGUACUGUCAAGGGAGGUAUAGCUGUGGGAAAUCCAAGGGUGUGGUGGAACUGUUCUAUUUUUGGAAGAGUUCCUCAACCCCGCCCCCAUGUGUUACAUGGCAUUUCUUUGGAGCAGGGGUGCUCUACUGCCACACCUCCUCAGUGCUUGUUUGACUGUUAGUGCUUGUAGGCACACCUGAGCCAUUUUAUCUCCAGGAACUGCAAUGCAGAGGUUGGUGCUUUUGCUUCAGCUAGUGACCCCGUGGGAAGAGAAGGGAGAUGGAAAUAGUGCUGGGCAUGGAAAUUUGUUUUAUUUUUCUUCGUUGCAAAGUGGGACUUUACACCUGGUAUAAGCCUAGUUUAGAAUUUUGUCGCUAGACUUUUUUUUGGUGAACAAAUCCCAAAGCUAUAAAGAAAAAAGAAAAACCUUCCCAUUUCACACACACCACAAUCAUUUGAGAAGCUUGCAAAAAAACAAAGCAAAACAAAACAAAACCCAGAUGAUGUAUCAAAGGCCCUUGGAGUGAAAUGGGAUGUCCCAGCAACUCCCCCCCUCCCUCCCUCCCUCCCUCCCUCCCUCCUUCCUUCCUUCCUUCUUCUCUCUCUGUCUUGCAGAAUCAAAGGCUGGCUUAUUGCGCGUCUCUCAUGCAAGUGCAGGAGAUGUGCAACAAAUGCAGGAGCAACUGUACACCAAACAUUGCAUGUUGCUGGACAAUUACAAAAAUCACACCCUGCUUGAUUCUUGAUGUGGCUGCUUGGUGAGGUGGAGCAAGUAGGGGGUGGAAAGUAUGGAGAAAGAAAAAGGGCUAUGCAGGAACAAAAUAGGCACUAUCAGACAUCCACUGGUUUGGAUGGGAAGCAACAGUGAAAAUAUAAAACUAGCAAAGGGGUGAAUGGAAACGUGCUAUCUCAUAUUAUGAUAAAAAUGGAAUGAGAAGGAAAAGAAAUUGGCAGAGGUCUACCUUGUGGAAGUGCCCAGUAUUGAAAAUUUUCCUAUUUUAUUUGUGUAGCUGAAGGGCGCUCAAGUGUCUUUUUAUUUUUAUCUCUCCAGGUUGUGGUCAUGGCUUGCAUGGAAUUUGAAAUGGGGAAGGUAAGCUCUGUGCCAGUGGAUAGCACACACACACACACACACACACACACACAGAGAGAGAGCUUAAUAUAAUAAAAAAACUCUAAGAAGUUUGCAUUAAAAAAAUCAUUCAACAAAUUUCCUAAAAGCUAAAUAAAGAUAAAGUGAAAACCAAAUUAUAUAUCACAAGUAAAACUAAGCACUUUGCAAAAAUAAAAAAGAAGGUCAUCCAGCAGAGCAACCAAGGAUGAUUCGGAUUCUGUCCCAAAACUGGACUUGACCUGAAAGGUCAAUAUAAUCAAAAUAUUGCAGAGAAUCUGUGUUUUCCUCAAGUGGUGUCUAUAUAAGAUAGUGCUAACUCUCCUGGCCACCAUUCCAUCCUCUUUUCUGAAUUAUCAGAAUCUUUAAAAGUCUCUUUGAACUGUGUGUGUGCCACUGUGUCUUUUCUUGGUGGAAUUACUUUUUGUACAAGCUAAAUCAGACUGUUUAAUGAUCCCAGAUCUGGAAUUUGACACUUUCAGGCUCUUGCCUCAAAAUACACACACACACACACACACACACACACACACACACACUCCCUCCCUCCCGCAACCCUGUAUUAAUUUUAAAAUUCAGACAAUGAAGGAGAAAAAGUAAAAGCACCAAGAGUACAUGUCUGGAUACAACUUUGGCACCAAACCUAUGAUGUGGGAAUUCUGUGACUGAAGCUCCCAACAUUUUUUAUUUUCCUUUAUGGUAUGGUGUGAAAGUGGGGUGGUGGUGGUGGUGGUUAAGCUUUCGUUCCAUGCUUUGUUCCCUGGUAUAAAUUGUACCCUCAGCCUCAGAGCUGCUAUUAGUCAUGGAGAGAGAAAUUUACAGUCACUUGUACUUGUCAGUGGUUGUUGAGACAAUUAUGACUUCAGUAAGUUUUAUAGGGCCAUAGUUGAGCAGUUUAAAGUUGUCCUUUAUGGUUUAUCAAUGGAUACACCAAUUAUCUCUGUGUGCAGAUUGCUUCUCAUAAUGGGUUCACAGUUGAGCCAGGCUGUGUAUAUGCCAGAUCUUCCUUGAGCUCCCAUUAAAAAAAUAGGUUUAUGGCUCCCUGUUUCUGUUUCUUUAUUAGCAUCAGCCCCUUGUCCUUGGACUUUCCCCAGUAUUUCUAGUCAGUAGUUCUCUUAUUGCAAGCGUUUUGAUUCCCCUCCUCCCAUUCAGUAUAUCACCUGCUUCAACAAGAAGCCACAGAAGUAUACAGUGGUUGUUGAGCAUCCUGCCCAAGGUGUGCCCUUCACUGGGGGAAGGGCCAUAGCUCAGUGGUAAAUCUGCCUUGCAUGCAGGAGGUCCCAGAUUCAAUCCCCAGCAUCUUCAGGCAAGACUGGAGGAGAUUCCUGUCUAAAACCAUGGAGAGCUGCUGCCAUUCAGUGUAGAUGAUACUGAACUAGAUGGACAAAUGACCAGACUCAGCAUAAGGCAGCCCCCUAUAUUCCUAUGUCUGUGGCCAGGCUUAGAAACCAAGUGAAUUCUAUAAACAAUUAAGGCAGCCUCCACUACUGUAUAGUGAAUGUCUUAAGGCAGCCUCCACUACUGUAUAGUGAAUGUCUUAAGGCAGCCUCCACUACUGUAUAGUGAAUGUCUUUUUUUGAAGAAGUGUUGCGUCUGAGAGUUGCCAAGUUGGCCAGACAGCUGAACGCAUCACUUGUGUGGCUGAAACUUUCCCUGACUGGAAACCACUUUUUGUGCUGGGGGCAGGGAAAGGAAGAUGUGAGAGUUGACAAGGCAAGAGACAGAUAAACACAGUCUCCUUCUACUUCUUUUCCAACAGAAGAAAUGUGAGCGAUAUUGGGUUGAUGCAGAUGAGUCUCCAAUCAAUAUGGGCCCUUUCUGCAUAUCCUGUGUGAGUAUAACCAUGCUUAUCCCCCGGUCUGUUUUAAUUCAUAGUUUGCAUUCUGAUUAAUGCAAAUUGUUGCUGUUUACCAGCAGAAAAUGUCAUCCUGGUUUGUUUUCCUAUAGGAGGCUGAAGAAAUGAGAAAUGAGCAUGUGAUUCGCACUCUGAAAGUGAAGCUGAAUGACAGUGUAAGUCUGGGAACAUAUGGUAGGAAUGCUUGGGGAAGUAGUCUGUGCUGGUGCCACCGAUCAACCCAUUUGUGUGAAUCCUUUUGUGGUUCCAAUACACCACUUAUGGUGGUGGUAAUAGAGUCUGAUGCUUCAUAACUGCAGGAGCUUGCAUCCAGCAUAAACUUGAGGAAGUAAUCUUUGCCUAAGAAGAGUUUUGAGUCAGGUAUAAAUGCUUAAGCUCCAUUAAGUUCAAUGGGACUCAUCUGUUGCACUGAUGCAUUCAUAGCAUGUAGAACUGUUGUCAGGGAAAGGAAGACAGCUAGAGAAAAUAGAGGGGAGAGAAACAAUUAUAGAGAGCCCAGAGAGCUCAUUAGCAGUCAGUCAUCCGACUCAGAGGGGGAAAUAGGGAGGGGGCAACCAGUCCCCGGAACUAGCUACUCGGAGAACAAAGGAAAUAAGAGGCGUGCCCUCCACCGAUGGGCAUGCUGGGGAAAAAGACAUCUGGAGACAUCUGAUUGAGUUAAGCACGGAUGCGUUUGUUUGAACUCUUGUAAUUGCUUCGAACUUUUAGUAAUAAAUCAACAAGACAGAAAUGGCUGGAAGCCUGGAGCGUUAUCUUUACUAGCUUGGCAGCGAACACUCCUUACAACUGUGAAUAGGGAUAUUGGUAUGGAAAUCUGAACAGCCACAAUCUGAAUAUGCUCAAUGGAAAGGUGUAGGUAUGGUUUGAGUCUUUGCAGAUAUGUAGGGUGUUCAGUUCAGCCUAACUUUGCAUCCUCAAAUGGCUACAGUGGCAUGUGUACCCACAACAGUGAAAUUACCCACCCACUACUUCCACCACCUUCAAAUGAGGAUGAGAUCAAUCAGAGUCACUUCUUCUCCUUUGGUGCCUUUACAGGAUAGCCGAACUGUCUACCACUUCCAUUAUAAAAACUGGCCAGACCAUGAUGUACCGUCCUCAAUCGACCCUAUUCUUCAACUCAUAGAGGAGAUGCGCUGCUAUCAAGCACACAGUGAUGCACCUAUCUGUGUACACUGCAGGUGAGGCUAUUUGGCAGUAGAGAUUUAUUCUUUUCUUAUGCCAAGGCAGAAUGCUCAGUCUCUGUAUUAAUGCUCAAAGGGAAAUACACACUCAACUAUAAUCUUGGAGGCUUACAAUUAUUUUAGUUUUGCAUCUUCUCCUUUGUCUCCCCUCUCUGUGGAUUCUAUAUUCUGAUUAUUUUCAUGUAAUGUUUUCUCCACCAAGUCAAUAUGUUUUCUUAGUUUUGCUGUCCAAAAAUACCUAAUCCUGUAGUGAGGUUAAAAGAUGCAUACCACUUAGUUCAGAGCAAGAAAUUAAGUGAGUUCAGCAAAUAGAUCAGAAAUAUACAUUGAGGGUUGAUAUCAACCUCAAUUUGAAUGGAUGACAUUAUCUGCCCCCAAUACAGCUCCUGGGAAAGCACAUAAAAAUCCGUUCAGGAGCUAUUUUAGGACCGGUUCAGGGGAAGGACAAAAUUUUCUUAGGUUUUUCCACAAAUUGACACUUGUUCCGAUUCAGCAAUAAAAAGCGGGUUUUCCCAGGGCAAGUGGCAGGACAAAAAACCCAAAACUUUCUCAGGCCUGUGAUAAUAGAUUUAUACAAAGUACUAGUAAUCACAGGACAAAUAAAUGGGUGGAUGGGCCCUAAGAGAUUUUCAGGGAAGGUUGAAUGUUCUUUUAUUAAAAUACUGGAGGAAAAAAGAGAGCUGUAUGCUGGAUGAAAAUGAGAGCUGUUCUUGCCCUUCUUCCAACAAUCCCUUGUGUCUUUUUUUCUAUUAGUGCGGGCUGUGGAAGAACAGGAGUCAUCUGUGCCAUUGACUAUACGUGGACUUUGCUAAAAGACGGGGUGAGUUUUUGUUUCCCUGUUAAACAUCUUUGUACUGUUCAUGUGCUGCUAUAUCAGGCAAGGAACUUCCCACCGAUGGUAGUAUAACUGUCACGAGAUGGGAAAUUUUGCUGUCUGUUAUGCUGUUACUGGAAAUGGAAACUUUUUCACUAGCUGAUGUGUAUAACUGCCCAGAGUAUAGUGUAAAUAUCCAGAGGAUAUUGUUGACUGGGUAAUGUAUGGAUGCCAUCAAUCAAUCAGUAGGAAUUACUGAAACUCUUCGGUAAGACUCUGAAAUACGAAUUCAGUUAUAAGGUGUGUUGCGACACAGAGUGGAUGGUUGGAUCUGGGCAUUCCAUAUCACCAACAGUUCUUUGUCUUUCCUCUCCCCUUCAUCAUCUUAAGAUUCUGCCAAUGAACUUCAGCCUUUUUAAUACGAUCCAGGAAAUGCGAACACAGAGGCCUUUAUUAGUGCAAACACUGGUACGUUCAAAAAAUAUUUUUUCUAUCGUGCAAAGUAUAUAUGAAAUUGUAGAAAGUAUGUUUGCCUUAUAGAGAGACGCUGCUGUGCUCUAACAAGGAAAUCCUUGUGUGUGUGGCAAUAAUGUACAAGAGCCCUCUUUGCAUGAAAGCCUCCUGCAGAGACAUCAAAGGAAAAGGUGCAGUUAUUAUCAGAAGAAGGGAGAUCAAAGUUCAAAAUGCUAAGGCAUUUUGUGGAUAAUGUGCCAAAUAAACUGGCUGGCAAAAGGGCACGCACAAUCUUUUAAAUGCUUAUUGCCACCAGGAAAUGAUCUGUUCUCAAAAUGAUGUUCAAUCAUUCCAUGAAAUCUUUAACCCAUUAAAAAGGUACUGUCCCAGAAAAUGGAGCAGUGCCAGAACUUCAGUUUCCUCUUAUAUGUCACCAAAGCUCAGCAUGAAGCAUAGUCACACCCACUUAUUAAAUGAAUCUCCCCAACUUUGGGGAUAACCACUGCUCCUUAGCUUGUAUGCUAGAAAAUAUCAGUAUAGCUUUCAAAGUCUAUGAUGAAGUAGAGAAAUGAAUGAACAAAAGUUGCAUAUCUCCAUGUUAUUUAUUGGCAUCAUUUUACAGGAGCAGUAUAAGUUGGUCUAUGAUGCUGUGAUUGAGCUCUUUAAAAGGCAAAUUGAGGCACUCGCUCAUCAUUCCGAUAACUUUGCUAUGGAGGUAAGUGUACAGUGUCUGGUUACAAAUACAGAGCAUUUCCCCCCAAAAUACAGCAUUCCUACCAAUGCUAGCACCAAACAGGAACUGGAACAGGAAGUACUUCAAACGUUGCAUUUAUCCUUUGUAGAGAAAUUCAGAUCUCAGGCCAACAAUAUUGCAUUCACCCAACCCCUGUUUCUUGCAUGCAAACUCUCCCCUGUUGCUGGUUUUUGUGUGAUGUGUGAUCAGUUAUCCACCCAAUUUUCCACCUGUCCCUUUGGUUUCUGAAAGCUAAGUCAGAAGGAGUGAGCAGGGCUUAAACAGAAAAUCACCCUGAGCUCAUUUCUCUAAGGAUUAGUUCAUUGAUGAUGAUGUCAAUAUCCUGCAAUGUUGUGAUUCCACAGCAUGGAAUUUCCAAAAUGUACGUUCCACCCUCUCUUAUUCACAGAACUGCAACCUACUCAUUUGCAAUUGCACAUUAAAUGAGUGUUCACAUUAUUGCCUUAGAGUGUUGUGAAGUUGCUUUUCCCCUGGUGCAUUUCACAGCUCUAUCUUCCCUAGCCAUUCACUUUGGCAAGGCUUCAAUACACUCCUGUUUCUGUUCACAUCAUGGAGCAUUUAUGGGGUGGGGAGCAAGUCUUUGUCCUAUGCAAAGGUGUCCAUACCUUGCCUAGAGGUGAAUGAGGAAUGGCUUGUGAAACUGGUUGACAAACAACACACCCAGCAGCAGUAUUCUAUAACAAAGUACAGGAUACACAGGCUUUUUGAAUAACAUCAUGUGAACACGGAUUAAAAAUGCAGCACUAGAAACACAGUGAGUGCACAGUAAAGAGAAGUGUGAACACAACCUUUACUACUAAGUGAUAAAGGAAAACCUAAGAUAAAUUCAAAUGCCAUUACUCCGAUUCUUUAAGUCCCAACUGAAUCUUACCCACACCAAUCCCCCCCCCCCGUGUGCUUGUUGUUGUGUUUGCGGAGACCUUCUGCUCAAGCUGAGAGAGUCAUUUUCUUUCUCAUCUGCUGUGGGCAGUUAUGUGGUCUAGCAGAAGCGUAAGGCCAGGGUGACAGAGGCAGCAUUUCAACCAGGAUGUGGUUUCACAGAUACUGGCUGUUUUUCACAGCUUUUAGGACCUUCAAAAAGGACCUUUGAAAAAGCAGUUUACCAAAAAUGGAUUUGGGGCUGAGACUGACUUACAAUAUCAAGACAAGAGCAAACCCACCUCUGCGGAGCCUGUCUGAAUGAUUAACCCGAGGGCCUAGAUAGAGAGCUUCCUUGAGAGAAAUUUGGGGCAUAUAUCUUUAAAGAAGCUAGGUGCAUGCUGUCAGGGAACUGCCAUCGGACGGAAGGGAGGUGAAAGGGCUCACACAGGUUGGGAGAGACGCAGCAGCUGAAGAGGGAACCAACAGGGAGGUGAAAGGGCUCACACAGGUUGGGAGAGACGCAGCAGCUGAAGAGGGAACCAGCAGGGGAGAGGAGCUGAGCUGGAGGGAUGGCUCAGAGACACUUCCAGCGAAAACAGUGGGGAAGUUUCAGGACCUCCUGUAAGAACAACCACUCCUCGCCGGAAACUGUCACGCAGAGAUUCCAGAAGACGUGUUUCCGUUAAGGAGCUUUUAUGUUGGAAGCGAUUACGAAAGCAACCACUGUCGGAAUCUGCUAGUGACUAGAGUAGCCAUGUCUGAGGGCUCCGUCACAGACAGAGGUUUGUGGACUUGAACAAACUCUGAGGGGAUACGAUUUUACGCACAAGCAGCUCAUCAUCCCAUCACAGCAUUCCGACAGUCUUUGAAAGCAGCUUGUGCAGGAGAAGGCAUCAUGAGCAACCCAGCCGGAACCGGAGAAGCAGGAGCUGGAGCGGGUCCAAGCCUGGAAGAAAGGUACCAGAUGUUGGAGGUCCAGCUAGCGAUGCAGACGGCGAGGCUUGAGGAGAGGAGGGCUCAGGAUGCAGACAAAAGGGGGAAAGCCACCCAGUUUGCCAGAAAGGUACCAGGAUUGGUGCAGAAGUUUGGGGGGGGGAGCCCAAAAACUAUCAUGGUUUUCGGACAGAAAUGCAAUAUGCCCUCAAUCUGCAGUUUGAUGAAUUCCCUGACGAGGAAUCACGAGUGGCUUUCGUGAUUGAGCAUCUUGAAAAGGGUUGCGAGAGACUGGGUUAGACCCCUGAUGGCAGCUAAUAGUGACGUCUUAAAGGACACGAUGAAGUUCUUUCGCGCCAUGGAUCUGAUGUUUUCCAGCGAUAUUGAAAAGGGAGUGGUGCGCAGACAGUGAAUGGGUUGCAAACAGGGAGCCGAUCUGUCCGUGAGUACUGGACUGAGUUCACCAUGCUUGUUCACAGAUUGGGGUGGGACUUAUCGGCGGAACCCAUUCAAAUGCUCUUUGAAGAAGGGCUUUCUUCGGCUGUGAAAGACGAACUUUCCCGGGCGCCCAGGGCGGAGUCUAUGGACCAGCUGACCAAAUCAGCGCUGGCCAUAGGAGCGCGCCAGGAGGCGAGAGCAUUGGAGAGGCGGGAAGGGAAAGGGGAACGUUGGAAGGAGUUCCGCAUUCCAGACAUUCCAGAGCCAACUUUCCCACCGGCAGAGCCGAUGGAAAUCGGAACAGCGGCGCGCGCGCAGUUUCAAAGCCCAGUGAGGGGGCAAAGAAGGAGGGAAAAGGCGCCCGGAAAUGCUAUCUCUGCCAACAGCCAGGUCACUUUGCCAGAGUCUGCCCCCAGAGGAAAGAAUGGCAAGGGAUGGUAGGAGCUGUGGAUGGAAGAGAGGAAAAUAUACCGGAGCAAGUAAAGCCAACGCCUGGCUGCCACUGUCAGGGCACAGCAGCCAGGCCAAAGAGCAGUGAGAGUGCCCACGCCAGAACCUCCUAAACCCGCCCUAGUGAUAGAAGUGACGCUAGAGCUGCCAAACGGACACCCUCUAAAGAUAAAGGCGCUGUUGGACUCAGGCAGCUCCUGCAAUUUCAUGAGCAAAGAGUUUGCAGCUGAACACCAGAUACAGACAAUCCUUUAAGCAGCCCCCUGCAGGUGACCACGAUCGAUGGCAGGGAGCUGUUGGGUGGAGAAGUCAGCUUGCAGACCGUCCCAAUGAUAAUGAAGGUAGCAAGGCACACCGAACUGAUAGCUUUUAAUGUGGCCACCUUGGGAGGAGCUCCCAUUAUAUUGGGGAUGAGCUGGCUAGCGUUACAUGAUCCGCUGGUGGGCUGGCAUCAGAGAGUGGUUUCUUUUGGUUCAGCACAUUGCUUAGAACACUGCAAAGAGGGAAAGGGUUUGGCAGGGGUCCAAGCCACCCUAGCAGGGACUGAAGUAACAGAGAACGUGAAGGUACCACGACAAUAUGCAGAUCUCCGUGACGUCUUCAGCGAAAGGGAGGCUGACCAACUACCCCCGCAUAGACCCUUUGACUGUCAAAUCAACUUACUCCCUGGAGCACAGCUCCCUGUAGGCAAGCUGUACGCCAUGUCAGACAGAGAGAUGCAGGAGUUAAGAGAGUUCAUUGACAAGAACCUGAAGAGAGGGUUCAUCAGAGAGUCCAGGGCGGUGGGGGCAGCCCAGUGUUUUUGUGGAUAAGAAAAACACGAACAAGCCGAGGCUGGUGUGUGACUUCAGGGCCUUAAAUGCAGUGUCAGAACCAGUAGCCUUCCCUAUGCCCAGGAUUGACGACAUUUUGACAAGGGUGCGGAAGGGAAAGAUUUUCACAAAGCUGGACCUAAGGGGGGCGUACAACCUGGUACGAAUAAGGAAGGGGGAUGAAUGGAAAACCACUAUGUUCACCCCUUUAGGGGCAUUUGAAUAUUUGGUUAUGCCCUUCGGCCUACAAGCAGGCUCCGCAACAUUUCAAUCAUUUAUGAACCACGUCCUGGGGCCUUUGCUUUACAAGAAUUGUGUGGCCUUUUUAGACGACGUGUUGGUGUAUUCUGAGAAUGAGGAGCAGCAUGUGAGAGACGUCAGAGAAGUGUUGAGCAGGCUGCAAGCCAACCAGCUGUGGGUGAAACUGGAGAAGUGUCAGUUUCAUACCAAGGAGGUGGAAUUCCUGGGGUAUCGCCUGUCAGACAAGGGAUUGGCCAUGGAUCCCGGCAAGGUCCAGGCGGUACUGGAAUGGAAAACACCCAAAACAAAGAAGGAUGUGCAGAGGUUCCUAGGAUUUGGGAACUUCUAUCGUAAGUUCAUCCGAAACUUUGCCCACCUGACGGCGCCCAUUACGGACUGUCUCAGCAGUAAGAAGAAGUUCGUGUGGACUGAGGAGGCGGAGCGAGCAUUUGAGGAACUAAAAGGGCCUUCGCCUCGGAACAACAACUCCUGCAUGUGGAUUUACAAAAACCGAUGAGAGUGGAAACUGACGCAUCAGACAGAGCGAUUGGGGCGGUGCUUCUGCAGCCAGGCAAGAAGGGGUCAGAGUGGAGACCGUGUGCCUUUUUCGCGAAAGCUGAACAAAUCCGAGAGGAACUACACGGUGUAUGACCGAGAACUACUAGCCAUUCAUGAGGCGUUCCGGAGAUGGAGGCACCUGCUAAUUGGCGCACAACAUAAGGUGCAAGUGUGCACUGACCACAAGAACCUAGAGUAUUGGAGGACGGCACGAGUGCUCAACCAACGGCAAGUGAGAUGGGCCCAGGAGUUCUCCAAAUUUAACUUUGAGAUUAGUUACGUGCCAGGCCCAGAGAACAUUAGGGCGGACGCUCUCUCACGCAAACCUGAAUAUUUGGAGGGGGAGGGGGCACCCGAAGAGAGACAUGUUAUUCCAGAAGACCGCUGGGUGUGUGGGGCGGCAUUGGUGGGACAAAGAGAACUGGUAGAGGAAACAGAGAAUGAUGAAUACGCCCAGAAUAAGCUCAGAGGUCUUAGGGGUGAUGGAGAGGAAUCAGGGGUUUUGAGGAAAGAAAUGGAGCUUUGUAUUACAAAGGGGCACUGUAGAUCCCUGCAGGAGAGUUAAGGUGGAGGGUACUCAAGCAGUUGCACGACAGCCCUACGGCGGGGCAUUUUGGACAACACAAAACCAUGUGGUUGGUCACCAGGGAAUUUUGGUGGCCUAAGGUGAGGGAAGAUGUACGUGAGUAUGUAAGAGGGUGCGAGCAAUGCCAGCGAGCCAAAGGGAAAGGCGGGCGCCGGCGGGGCUAUUAGAACCCUUACCAACCCCAGAACGACCUUGGGAGGCAGUGUCGAUAGAUUUUAUGACUGAUCUGCCGAAGUCCAAAGGGAAAACAGCCAUCAUGGUGGUGGUAGACCUACUAACAAAGAUGUGCCACUUUGUAGCUUGCUCGCAUGCAGUCACGGCGGAAGAGACAGCGAAGUUAUUUGUAGAAAACAUUUUUAGGUUGCACGGGGUGCCAUUGAGGGUGGUCUCAGACCGAGGAAAACAAUUUACUUCCAGGUUCUGGAGGAAGCUCAUGAGCUUACUGCAGGUGGAGGUCAAUUUUUCGACUGCCCGGCACCCUGAAACCAACGGGCAGGCGGAAAGAGCAAACGGUGUCCUCCAGCAAUACCUGAGGUGUUAUGUCAAUGACAGAGAGAAUGACUGGGUAGAAAAGUUGGCGCUGGCGGAAUUUGCCUACAACAAUGCCGAGAAUGUGUCCACAGGGAUGAGCCCCUUCUUGGCUAAUUAUGGGUGUCAUCCCAGGGCUUUCCCAGGGGGAGAAGGGGAGAGAUGGAGCGUCCCGGCAGCCGAGCAUUUUGUGGAAGAAAUGGAAGCAAUCCAUCGUCAGCUCCAACUCAACUUAGAAAGGGCGAAGGAAGAAUACAAGAGGCAGGCAGACAAGAACCGAAGGGAAGGUGAAACCAUAAGGGUGGGAGAUAGGGUGUGGCUGUCAACCCAAGGGUUGCCGUUCAAAGGAGGUUGUAAGAAAUUAAGACCCAGGAGGUUGGGUCCCUUUGAGGUCAUUCAACAGGUCAACCCAGUGGCUUUCAGGCUCCGGUUACCCAACCACAUGAAACUGCACCCAGUAUUUCACAGGUCGUUACUGUCACCGUACGAAGGGGGACGAGAAGGGCUGGCCCCUCGGGGACCGGUCGUAGAAGAAAGAGAAUGCAGCAGCCAUGUGGCAGAAAUCCUCGACGCCAGGUGGAAGGGGGAUCAGGUGGAGUAUUUGGUAGCGUGGGAAGGAGAACCGGAGUCAGAAAACACUUGGGUAAUGGCUGAAGAUAUCAAUGACGAGGUAUUGAUAGAAACGUUCCAUCAAAGGUUCCCAAGGAAACCUCAGCCUGUGGAGAGGUUCCGGAGGGAAUACUUUGGGACCACUGAUGAAGGGGAGGAGUUGGAAGGAUUCCCGGACUCGGAAGGGGAAGGGGAGAUGGACUCUGAGGAGGAGGUGUACUUCGAGACCAGGAACCGCAACAGGUUGAGAGAAGUGUUCGAGACAUCGGAAGAUGAAGGAAGUUCAUUCCGGGGUUUUGCCUCCUCACCGCCUGUAGAGGAGGGGGCGAGAGGGGGUGAAGGGGGCCCUGGAGGGGAGGUGGAUGUCAGGGAACUGCCAUCGGACGGAAGGGAGGUGAAAGGGCUCACACAGGUUGGGAGAGACGCAGCAGCUGAAGAGGGAACCAACAGGGAGGUGAAAGGGCUCACACAGGUUGGGAGAGACGCAGCAGCUGAAGAGGGAACCAGCCGGGGGAGAGGAGCUGAGCUGGAGGGAUGGCUCAGAGACACUUCCAGCGAAAACAGUGGGGAAGUUUCAGGACCUCCUGUAAGAACAACCACUCCUCGCCGGAAACUGUCACGCAGAGAUUCCAGAAGACGUGUUUCCGUUAAGGAGCUUUUAUGUUGGAAGCGAUUACGAAAGCAACCACUGUCGGAAUCUGCUAGUGACUAGAGUAGCCAUGUCUGAGGGGCUCCGUCACAGACAGAGGUUUGUGGACUUGAACAAACUCUGAGGGGAUACGAUUUUACGCACAAGCAGCUCAUCAUCCCAUCACACAUGCAUAUUUAGGUUGCAGUACUAGAAGAAAUUGAUGAUAUGGCCCUGUGAUUCCCACCCCCCGGGGUAGGCUGGAGACAAGUGCGGGCUGGGAAUUAUGGCCCAAUACAGUUGAACCCUUAUUUGAAACAGCUUGAAUCAGAGGGCAUGUCCGGACAAGGUUGUUCCACACUUGUUCUGUGUGCGCAACUGGUACAUGAGGAUCCACACACUCCUAUUUCUUUCAGUCGCCAUAUUAAUUGUUAUUCCGUUCCUUGCAAUCCACACCAGUCAGCAGAGGUUGACAGACAAUAUCCCAGGUGCGGGUUUUUAUCCCUCCCCUCAAGCACACUGCCUUCCUCCCCCAGUUCACUUAGGCAGUGUACACAUCACCAUUUCCUCCGACUCCAGUGGGCUCCCACCACUGAUGUAUGAAGCAGAGUGCACAUGGCAUUAGCCACAAUCCGUAUGUAUCCUGUAGAUUCUUGAGGAUUGUUCCUGUUGAUGUACUUCCCCUCAAAUCAGCUUCCAUCUGAUUUGAAAAUGCAAGCUGUCGUUAAGCUGAGGUAUACACAGUUCAGAUAGUUAUUGUGCAUGCGCAGAUGGGAGCACAUGUGCAGGUGACAGCUUCAUUCAGUUCAGGGAUGGUGGUGUAGGCACAGAGAAACAAAUCAGGUAAUGUGCAUUGAAUGAAGACACCCCUGCUCCCUCUCUGGUGUACUCAUCAAGUGCAAACAUAGAGAGGGGACAUGCCCAUAAUGUGUACAUAGGUUUAAACUUCAUUUUACUUACACUUUUAAUAAUAAUAAUAAUAAUAAUAAUAAUAAACUGUACAAUUCUGAUUCUCAUCAAAGUGCCAGCAGAGAACACUUCAGGGCCCUUCAAAACUGGAGUCAGUCAUGAUGGAAGACAGAAGCAAUUUGCUUUCAGGGGUGUUAUGUUUGCACCAGUCCUAAGCAAAGUCUGAUCUUUAUGUUACCAGUUUUUAUAUGGAAGACGCUGGAGAUGCUUCUGUCUCACAGUAGCUCCAACAGCUGUUCACCAUGUGGAGUGCUGCAAUAGUAUGCAGUGUGGAAGCAUUUCCAAUAACUCAUGAGGUAGCGAAAAUGUAAGACUUGGUGCUGAGUACUACGCAGAAGCCAAAUACACUGAAGUAAGAUGGGUGAUGAAAGAGGGACAUACCACAUUAAUUAUAAGCAAUAAAAGUGAAUCAACAUUUCCUGGAGAGCUUAGAGAGAGGUACCCUACUUGGCAGAUUCCGUAGUAGUCUAAUAUUUAUCAAGCCAUUGAACUCCAAAAAUGUAUUUAGAGAGCAGGGAUGUCCUAGAUAAAGGAGUAACUAGAUAAAGGAGUUCAGUGAUUAUCUGUUGCGAUGGCAAAUAUCAAUUCCAGAUUCAACAGUGUAGCCCACUCUUUCCACUAUGAAAGGUGUGGACACAUGACUAUAGCCAAGGGAGGGGCAGCUGCCCCACACCAAUCAAGUAAAACAAUAGAAAUACUUAAUUAACUGACCAAUCAAAAUGGUUCUGCCCCCCCAAACAAAAGUCCUGCCCCCCAACAAAGUCCUGCCUCCCCAAAAAAAUCUUGGCUAUGCCCAUGUGUGGACCUCAUGGAAUACAGAUCUUUUAGUCCAGACCGGGGCAUGACUUAGCCCAAACAUGCAUUUGGCAACCAAUUUCUUAAAUAUUUUGUCCUUUAUUUAUAUGGUGGUAGUGCUGCUGUUGUUACCCACCUUACAUUGGGCUGCAAGCCAGUACCACGUCUACCUGUUGAAAACCAAUGUUCUGGUUCUGUGAAUCUACAUACCUAUAUUUUUUUUGUAACUUUUGUAGGCUGAAGCAAGCCAUCCAACAGCCACGGCACUCCAGGCUCCACAUAUGGAAACUUCUUCUUUGAUACAAUUGAACAGGUAAGAAAAGAUGUAAUUCUUAAGUAUAGCACACAAUUCAGGGAAAGAUUAAGCACUUUAAAAAGGCUGUAAUCCAAUGCACACUUAUCUGGGAGGAAGCCCCAUCGAUCUCAAAGGACAUGCACAGGAUUGCACUGUGGAGCCCACUAAUCUCCGUGGGACAGUUAAAUAUGUAUUCUCUCUUUCACUGAAAUAAAUGAGCCUUAGCUCAACUUGGUUGGUUUAUACCCAUAGUCUCAACCUAGCUAUGGACCAGGAUUGGGGAUGCUGUGUUUUACCCAUAAGUCCCAGCCACCAUGGCCAGUGGUUAGAGAUGGUGGGAGUUGUAGUUCAACAACAUCUGGAGGGCCACAGGUUUCCCACCCUUGCUACAAAGAAAACAAGGUUACUAAAGUAAAACAAUUCCUACCUGCCUCUCCUCUCUACUGACUUUGCAUCAAGGAAAUGUAUGGAGGUCAUCUUGUCUAUCAGCAGCUACUGUCUAUGGUAGUUACGGUAGUUGGAACCUUUAAACACAGAGGAACUCUGAAUGCUACCAAUUGCUGUGUGAGAAGAGUGAGGGAGGGCUAUUGCCUUUAUGCGCUGCUGGUAGACUUUCCAGAAGCAUCUGGCUGAAUACCAAGGUAAAUAAAAUCUUGGCAGUCCCCAGGGUGUCAAAAAGAGUAUACCUUCAUUUUUAAGAAGCUAGUCUGGGUUCCUUUGGUUGAUGUGCUUUUUUCAUAGGUGGAAGUAAAGUUUCUGAGUUUUCACUUAUCCCUAGCCAUUUUGCAAUGUAGUGGAGCUUUGUCUGGAUUGAGAAGGGCCUUUCCGAAUAGUUAUACCUUUGACAGUCAUGUUCCCUUCGUUUCAGUUCAGUGCAAGAGGAACAGGAGAAAUCUCUGAGCCUGGGUCAUGAUAUAGGCACUCGUGACAGAUAUAGAGAUGGUGCUUCUCUGGUCAGACAAGCUAUUUCAAUUGGAUCCUUGAGCUUCAGCGCCACCAGAAACAUGGAUGCCGCAACAGGCUUGAACUCUUGGUUGCCAAGACAGCCACUUCAUAAGCAUCACAGUUUGGACUUCAACCAUCUCUUUUGGGCAGAGCUACCUGUCACUUUAAAAUCAGGAAGUGAGGCUGGGAUCAGCUUAGAUUCAAAGGUGCCUCUAACACGGACCAAAUCGACCCCUUUUGAGUUAGCAUCACAGAGAGCGUCCCAAACGUUGUCAAGAAAGGACCCUGGCUCCUGUGACGGCCUCCAGUCUGGAGGAUUUACAGCUGACUCUAGCCUUUCAAAUAAACUACCAAGCAACACCAAGCGUUGUCUAUUUGCGAAGUUACGCCAUCAGUCCUGUACUUGGUCAUCAGAAGAUCCUUACUUUUCUUCCCUGUCAUCGGACGAACCAUGCUCCCCAGCGCUACCUGACCUUGCUGCGAAUCCAUCUGAAACAAUUCCCCUGCUUGCUUCUGCUGCAGAUGCCACAGCUCAGCCCUUGGAAAGUCCAGCAAGUCCCAGCUACCCACCAUGCAGCUCUGUGGCUCAGAAUAGCCAACCAGUGGCUGCAGUGGAAUCUGCCUGCCAGAGUAAGUCCUUGAGAGGUUGUGGGUUCCUCCUGCAGGGGGAUUUGCAUUACAAAGGAAAGGUGUACAAGGAGGCUGUUUUGUUGCCCUAACAGAUCAAGGGGUGAUAACAUUUUAAGUUUGCACAUGGCCAGAAUUGGACUUUGCUAGUGCAUGGAUGAGGAAUCAAGAUGGACAACUAACAGCUUUUUCAUAUGUGGAGAUUAAAUGGCCUUUGAGCAUCUAUGUUUUAUUCUUUAUGUGAACAUCUAACAAAUAUUAACAGAAGAGAUGUAUAUGGGUUAUCAUAAUGUUUUAAUAUCUAGAAUUCAAACUCCUUGCUUGGCCCACUGCUGGGAAGGGAAGGAGGAGGAAUGCUGCACAACAACCCAACACUUUUGGGUGAUGGGAUACCACAGUUGUAAAAAUCUAAAAUCUGAAAAAGUAUGAAUAGUACUGUGCUACUCUGUAUUCUGAUAAAUGAGGAAUGAGAAGGAAAAUAAAUUAGCAGAAGGUUUCCACGUGGACUUUGGAUACACAGGAUUUAUGGUUGAUGGGGGAAGGAAGUGUAGUUGCCAGUGCUACCACUUCCAGUGCCAUCUGGUGGUCACUUUGUUUAUUUUUUGAAAGUAAAUGCUUUCGUGCUUCUGCACUUCAAGAUUUUGCAACAGAGAUUGCAACCUGGUGGUGUUUCCCUAUUAUACAUUCGGAAGUUUGUUCAUGUUUCCAGUGUUCCUGAUAUGCUUCAUUUAAAUCAACAGAGAAGCUUGUUGCAAGACACUUUCUAUUCACACUUAUGGCCUGAAUAGUGCUAUAGACUUGGGUUUUAAGAUGCGCAUGGUUUUCCUACAUAAUGGCAAAGAUUUUUGUCGAAAAAAUGAUACUGCACAACUGAAGCAGGGAAGGUUCUGUAGCGCACAUGUUGCAAGCAGAAGUUCCCAUGUCCAAUCAUGGAUUUUUCUAGCUAAAAGGAUUUCAGCUAGCAGUGUUUGCCUAAUAUAUAUAUCUUGGAGAGGUAUUGCUGAUCACAAUAAACUGUUUGGAUCUGAAUGGGCCAACAGUCUGACUCAGAAUAAGGCUGUGUCCUUUAUUUCAUGUCUAGUUUUCAUAAACUAACAUUGCGUAACGAGUAGCUAUGCAAUGCAACCAAGGUCAAGGAAGACCAUGAGAGGUCUUGGUUAUUAUCUUGCAUGUCUGCAAUAGAUAUUUGUGUAUACAACCCAAGUCCACUAACUUCAGCAUUUUGGCUUAACAGGUUCUUCCCAGGUGGAUGAAGACAUUCCUCCCCCAUUGCCUAAAAGAACCCCUGAGUCCUUUAUUGUACCUGGAGAAGAUGGUGAGUUCAAGUAUCAUCUAAGUGUAUACAGUUUUGUUGAUGGCAGAACACGAUAUGCAAGAUGAAGUCAUCAUCUCUUUCAAGGGUGGAGAAUCAUUUUGGCCCAGAUGGCCAGAUAGUUUUCUGUCAUCCUCACCCCACAAGCCAACUUCGCCAUCCAAUGAUUGACACUGAGCACAGGGCUGGCAAAACACCUUUCCAUAGAUUUGAACUCACUGCCCAUCACCUGAUGGAUGGUGAAUUCAAGCUGCUUUCUACAGGGAGUGGCUGCAUAAUUGAAUUCCCCAUGAGGAAACUAGUCACACAGUUGUUCAAGCUUGCUUCCUGCAGGGAAGUGGCAUGAAGCAGUCUGCAUGGAAACUGCUGGUGAAAUGGUGGGGGAAAGCUCCAUUUUAGCAGCACUUUCAGUGUAAACUGUUUCAUGCUAUUGGAGCCAAGGAUGCUCCCAUUGCCCAUCAGCUGCCCAUUGCCUGCCAUGCCUCGCUCCAGCACAGAAAUGAUCAGGAGCUCACUUUAAGCUCCCUUUGUAGCCAUUUGGUACCUGACACAUAUGACAUUAGGUGUGGAACAGGUUGCUGUGGUUUGUGAGUUGUGACCCCUGUAAGGCCAAAUCUGAGCUGAAGGUUCCCCAUCCCUGAUCUACAACUUAGACUAAGAUAGUGAUGAUCUGCAGAAAGUUUUAAAAGAUCCAUUAUGUUUUCUAAUUUUAUCCAUUGCAGAUGACUCUGUGUUGCCAGAUUCAAACCACCAAUCACUGUCCAAAAAUGAGAAAAUUGGAAUCUCUAAGGAAUGGAGCGGUGUGUCUCAGCUGAAAUUUUCUGAUGACUCUGUGAGACUGAGGCCAAGUAAGGUAACACAUUAGAGAUUUUAUACAUCUCCACCAGUAAUAUUGCUAUAUAGUUCUCCUGACUUCUGCAGAAAUAAAGCCUGCUACUUUAUAUAACUAAAUUGCAGCAGAUAUUCAGUUCAUAGUCCAACAGCUGAGGCUAGGACAAUACUUCUGAAAAAGCAAGUUGUAUUAAGUCUGAGUAAGUCAACUGGCAGUAGAGAUGUCCAGCAAAUUCCAGUGAAGAUGGGAACAUCUGCUAACAAACACUCUUCUUCCUAAAAUCCAUUGGGAGCUGAUGUGACUAACUAGGAAGAUGCCACAAAACAGGGGAAAUGAAUAAAGGGCUUUGGCUUUUAGUAUGAGCAAGUGGGACCUGAGAGAAAAUGUUGCAAGGUUCUGUUCAGGGUUCCAGCCAGCUAUGCCUUCUGCAGGAUACUCCAUUCUGUCCAUUCUUUUCCUCCAGUUUUCCACCCCACCCUUGUUAGUCAGUGUUCCAUGUCCACAGAGCAUUCUCAGUUCUCACUGGGCUGUUACUGCAAUUUCCUGAGCUGGUAAGGGCCCGGUAACAAAUUUACAACCUGUGCAGAUCUCUGAGUAGAUGUGUUAUAUGCUGACAGAGUAGCAUCCGUCUUAUGCAGCUACUACUGUGUUGCUGAAACACUGUUCUGCGGGUAGGGCUUUUGUAAUUGUUAUCAUUCGCAGCACUGCUAAAUUUGCUUCAAGCUGUUAUUCUUAUUUGUUCAGUUCAGUACAACAGUUUUUCAGGAGUGGGAAGUAAAGAACACUUUCUGAACCUGAAGGCAGAAAAAAGACAGAAAGGAAGGGCAUACUGAUAUUAGUAGAAACAGGACCAGGGCACUCUGGUUCUUACUAACACCACAGUUAAAAAUCCCUUCAGCAAUUUAAUGGGGAGAAUAAAGACAAGCGGCUUGCUUGAGUGUCACUUUCAGUGGUCACAUUUUAAAAAUGAGCAGAAUGCCCUUUUUUCUGAUUUAGUUUUGAAAAAUUGAAAUAAGAUUUUUGCAAAUGCAUGGUUCACAAACGGCAUGUGGAUCCACCUUCCACUACAAUUGUACGCAGCAUGUAAUUCCUUAAGAACAUUGAGUAUGAUGCUGUUUGGGGGCAUUGUCAAACCUUUAGAGAGUUACAGCUGUCCAUCACCUACUUACUAAAAGUUAAAUGCAGUUAUACAGAGUUGAGGGACGAUAAAGUAUUCUCCUUUUGUUUGUUUUUCAGAAUGCAAAGCUGCAGAGACCCAGAUCAGGUAAACAUUCUCCUGACAUUUCUAUGAAUUAGUCUGUGCUACUACUACACCUGCUUGCUUUGUAAUGAAACGGGGGUAUAUCCUGUUCUAAUCAUGUUCCAUCAUUCUAGCAAUGCCUUGCUUUUAUUGUCAAUGGAAAACUUCUGUUGUAUAGAUGGUACACUACCAAAUCCUGUUCCUCAUUGUCAUCUUGUUCUGUUAGCAUUAUUGCAAAAUACUGAAGAGCCAGUGAUAUUAACACAUGUUUUUAGAAUUCUCCCUAUGUAUGUGGGAGCUUAAGGUGCAUACAUGUUCUCUUGGGAUGGAUUGUGCUUAACACUGAUAGCAGAUAGCAGAACUGAAGACAUUGCAGACAGUGCUGGCCUGAUGCUGGAGAGGCUCAGGGUUUUUUUUUUUGAAUGCAAGCUAAUGAAAAUGUUUUCUUUAAAUUAUUUUGUAUUGCUUGUUAUUACAGAGAUUCCCCGGGAUCGGUCUCCUUCCCCUCCCCCACUUCCUGAAAGAACUCCUGAGUCCUUUAUUCUUGCAGAUGAGGAAUGUAAGUACAAUAGCUGUGGUUGUCUUGUAGCAACAUUAUUGGGUGGUGGUUUUAGUUAAUGCAUUUUCAUUUGAGGAGGUAGCAAAUACAAAGUCAGGUUUGAGAAGGUCUGGGUGAAAAGUGCUGGAGGAGAAUCUUGUUGUUGGCAUCUGUCUGUCUCGGGAGACAAUGGAGGAGUGUGCCUUUGGGGGUAAAGUCAAAUCUUUAGAGCACCUGCUGUGGCUGUAGAGACUGAUAUGGGAGAGAAAUGUUUUGUUGCAGCUGGGGCAGAUGGAGGAAAAUCACAGCAACAAGAAAGCAAGAUAACAAUGAGUCUCCAUAUAAUCACAUUCAGAACCCACCUUUUGCCACUAAUUCCUAUUAAUACAUACUUGUGGCAUACUGAGAAACAAUAGCAAAUGUCUAUAAAUCAAGUGAUGUGGCCAGAGAACCUCAGAAGGACAAAAAAAAAUCUCCAAUGUGGUUUAAAGUCUAGUAUUAAUUAUACAUUUAAUUAUACUGAAAGAAUAUAUUGAAAGAAUUGCCAUAUUUUGGGAGAAGAAUUGGUUUAUUUUCUUUUUCUUCUUAAAUGAUGCCUUCCAUAUAUAGCAGGGAUAGGGAACCUUUGACCCACCAGAUGUUAUUGGACUACAACUCCCAUAAUCCAUGAACAUUGGCCAUGCUGACUGCUAGGGCUGUUGGGAGUUGGAGUCAAACAACAUCUGGAGGUUUUCCCAUGUAUAUGAAAGCAUCGAUCCAGUUAUUGUUUUGCUGAGUGUGUUUUUGUUUUCCUAGCUCAACCUUCUGUUAAGAACAAUGCUGUGAGUUUCGGAGAGUCUGUGAUUAGAUCAACAGACAAGUCAUCAAAGGAAGCAAAAUGCUUCAGGAGGAGUAAGGUAAAGGAGCAUGGAGAAUGCAUAAGAAGUGGAGGGAGAGACAGCUGUAACAUUUCUAUUAGCAGAGAAGCAGGGCUUCCCCCAUUCCAUGCUAAUUAUGUAAGUUUCAGCUGUGCAGAAGUUCUUUAUCUUUAAAUAGAGAACUGUCUUCUGAUAACGCUUCAGUGGAGGGCUGCCUUCUGUUAGGAAGGAUACAUGACUACCCAACUUUCGAGUUUUAGUCCACAUUAUGCUGCUUAAAAACACAACGUAACAAUUGUUAGGUGUCUCUCUCCCCCACUGACUCCAUCCAUAAUAUGGAGAAGAAAUAAGUUUUUAACUGAUAGAUCCUCUGGUAAAAACCAGAGCUUGGAACAUUUCUCAUUCACAACACUAGGGAGCGCUCUAAGCAAGAAAGAGAAGCAAAUACAGUACAUAUGAAACCAGAAACUGCAGUUUUGCUACCUGUGCAGUUAAGCUGUAAUAAUCAAAUAUGUAAAUCAACAGUGAUUCACUCUUUUCAGAAGGAAAUAUACCCAAGGACCUUAAUUUCAAAUUAAUGGCCCAUUGUGAUGCAACUCAAGGCUGGCUUUGUUUCACCUUUAAACGGUUACUAGAGCCUCAAUGCAAAGAGAAUUCCAUUCUGCUGUCCCAGAAAGUGAAUGGGCUGCUUGUGUUGAUCUAGGGUGCUUCCACACAGCAAUUUAUUGUACACUCAGUGCUUCUCAAAUGUCACCCUAUAUCCUCCCAUCCAAUUUGGGUAGAAUAUGGGACAGCCUUUUGACAGGUACUCAUGCCAAUUGCUCCCUGUAGUUUAUUUUUCAAAUAGAUCUGUUCUUAAUAAGCAGGGUUUUUGCAACACUGUAAUUUUUCUGUGUUUCCCCCCCAGAGCUUGAAAAUUUUACGAAAUGUGAAGAACAGUAAGUCUUUUGAAUUUAUAGACUGUCUAUAUUUUGCAUAUUCACUGCUGCGGUGCUGUGUUGUAGUCUGAGCUGAGGAACCAUAACCCCGAACAAUUCUAUUGGGAGAUGAAGGCACUCAGUAGUUUUGCUGGAUUAAUAAAGACCUAUCACGCAGCUCCACUGUUUUUCACUGUGCAUCUCAGAGGGUUUCAGAACCAGGAAUUAAUUAAAGAUCUACAUUUAUCUGCAGAGGUCUCAUUGUGAAUACUAAACAGAGAAGGCAAUUUCUAAAAUGUGAAAUCUUUCUACACCUUUGUGUAUACUGCUUGCCAAGCCUCUCCCACAUCUUUUCAGUAUCUCUUCUGUAUAAGAGGCGGGUGAACUACGCAUUAUGAUCACCAUGGGGCAACAAAAUCCUAAUGCUAUGAUUCCCAUGAAGCAACAUUCACUAUGUGAACUGGGGCAUUAUUUCAUUCCACACACGAUAGAUGACAGGCCUUUUAGAUUAGACCUACUUGGCAUGGUACCUCUAGCACAAAACAUUUAUUUUUUAAAAUGCUGGUUUAUAAAGCUUUGCUCCACGCACCUGUUGAUGCAGGUUCCUGCCUUCAAAAGUUUUCCAGGAAACCUUGAUAAAUCUUUACAGUGCUCUUCCUGUGUGUCCUUCUUUGGAUUAACAAAAGCAGGAAAUAUCGCUGCCAACGUUGCUGAUUUGGUAGCACGGCACCGUCUAAUAUGUGCGUUGUAACAAAAUCCAGGCAAUAUCAGCAGCUAGUGGUCACAUUGUGGGUGGGAUAUUUUUAAUGUAUUUCUUGUUCCUCUUGUCUUUAAUGUAUCUAUGUAGGGUUUAUUGCCUCUUCGUUUGGUUGUAAGUCACUUUGGGUUGCCCUGGGCAAGAUAAAGCAACUGACAAAUUUAAUAAAGAAAUUUUAUAUAGAGUGAUAUAGUGAUACACAAUAUAUGCUGUAUUGUUUUCUUGUUUUUGCAAUAAAAACAAAAUUUAUUUUAAAAAUCUGAGGGGGGCGGGAGUGUUUAAGAGAGUGUUUAAAUGACCCAAUAAUAUGGCCAUAGGUCUUUGUCACUUAAUAAGCAGUCCUCCCCCUCCUGCAGAACAGUGCUUGUGGGGAAGACCCAUGCGAUUUAUCCCUAUUGUUGGAUCAUGUGAACCACUUAGCAGAUGCACAGGAACUUGCUGACAGAUCAGUAAUUCCUAUGUGACUAGAAAAACAUCUCAGGAGCAGAGCAAGCAAUAGACAAUGCAGAAUACAGUGGUCUUCAAAAUUCUGUGUUAUUGUUAUUCACACUUGUGCCCAGCCUGAGUUCCACAGCCUCCCCAGCAGGAAUCAUGUUUCAAGAAGCCUGUGAUGUUUACAUGGGCCAUCAGCUCAAUCCUAACAAUGUCUACUGAGACAUAAGUCUUAUUGCACUCAACAUGACUUGCUUCAAAAUAAGUAGGGUUAGAAUUGCAGCCUGUCGGUUCCUAAGAUCUUCCAUUCUACUUCUAGGUAUUUGUGGUUCACCUUCAGUUUUAAAAGUUCCAGAGGCUGAUCAAUCAAAUCACUCCAGCUCUGUUUUGAGGUUUGGUAUGUUGUUGUUGUUGUUUUUAAAAAUGUGAUGCUUCCUUAUUUGACUAACCAUGAAAAAAAUUAAAGGUAGUGUAGUUGUUGUUUUGCCACUGACUAUGGUUAUUGUUACACAUUGUUUUAGUUUAUAGGUAUUAGAGGAAUGCACUCUGUAGUCUUGGGUCUGAUGAAACAGUCAACUUGGAAUAAUAGAAUUGUAGAGCUGGAUGAGACCAUGAGAGUCAUCUUGUCCAACCCCUGCAAGGCAGGAAUCUUUCACCCAAUGUAGGGCUCAAACCUACAACCCUGAGAUGAUGAGUCUCGUGCUCUACCGACUGAGCUAUCCCAGCACCAUGCUUGAUGGCAACAUAUUGUGAAACUAAAGUAUUACAGUAGUAUUUAAAAUACUUACUUCUGGGGUUGUUGCACUCUCUUCCCCAAGCCCACUCCCAGAGUAAAUAAUUUAAGCAAUGUGGUAUACAGUAUGAAUGCCAAUAUAUCAGACUCACUUGUCAUUAGCUGAAUCAGACAGCUGGCCUCUUUUAUUAUUCUUGUGUGAGAAUCACAUGCUAAUCUCUUAGAACCAUAGAACUGAAGAGUUGAACAGGACCGCAAGGGUCCUCUAGCCAAGGGGUCAGCAAACUUUUUCAGCAGGGGGCCGGUCCACUGUCCCUCAGACCUUGUGGGGGGCCGGACUAUAUUUUUUUGGGGGGGGGGGAUGAACGAAUUCCUAUGCCCCACAAAUAACCCAGAGAUGUGUUUUAAAUAAAAGGACACCUUCUACUCAUGUAAAAACACUCUGAUUCCUGGACUGUCCGCGGGGCAGAUUUAGAAGGCAAUUGGGCCGGAUCCAGCCCCUGGGCCUUAGGUUGCCUACCCAUGCUCUACCAUAUGUAACAUUUUCUUGGUUUUGUUUUUCUAGGCUUUGCAAACCGGUUUUCAAAACCCAAGGGACCAAGAGAUCCACCACCAAGUUGGAACAUUUAGUAGAACUUUGCUGAUGCCCUUUGUCUCUGCAGGAGCCUUGCCUUCUUCUGUCAUCAGUUCAGCAAUUGGAGUCUGCGGCAAGACCAUCAUUUGGAACAAAAUGGCUUUUGUUGUCGUGCUACUAGAAAGAUAGUAUGUGUGACCACUAUAGACGAAAUAUAAUACUGAACUGUGAAAGUCCCUGGUUUCUGUUCACGUUUCCAAUGAAGUACUAUUUGUCGAAACAACACACUGCCAAACAAAGAGAAGUGCUGGGGCUCACACCUUUCCUGAAGCCACAGCAUCUUUCCUGGGGGGGGGGUUCCUGCAUUCCAGGAGGCAUUAGCGAAGAAGUGGCUCAGCAGGGGGAAAUGCUGAAGAUGAGAGGCACUGUUAUUUAUUAGUAAUUAUUGUGUUCCAAGAAUUGAGUGAUAUUCAGUUGUGGCUUUUUCAAGCUCAGACCUUUCUUUUGAAAUAUAUCAGAAGUUGGUAGGGAAUUUCUCUGUUGUAUUCUCACGCAGAGGACAUUUAUUUGCAUGAAUGUAAUGGACGCCAGGUAAUCGUUGGUGGACACAAAAGCAAUAGUUGUAUCCUGUGAUUUCCAGUAUGUAACUGAAGUAGGAGGUCAGCCAUCCACAGGUGCCCUGUCUCUAAAAAAUCAACAAGUAAGCAAGCAGUUUUGGCUGCCUACAUUUAAAAUAAAACCAAUCAUCCUUCAAGCAGCCAUUGGGGUGUCUCUAGACCAACUGCUUGGUUUUGAUCCUGAGUCUUGCUGAAAUUUUAAGGAAUAAUUCCUGACCAUUUUAAUACUUUGGCAUGCGGCGCCUCAACACCUGUGACAAGAUUUUCUCCAGCUGGGAUCUGUUUCCCCAAACGUUCAAAAUCAGGAGUUUUUUAUUUGCCCUUUCACUCCUAUCUUUUGCAAUCAGAACUUGAAAUUCUCUCACACAAGUUUGUGGGCUAGAAUUCUGGGAUUGCAAAGGUUUUAUACUUUGCACUGAAGCAGCAUUCUCCAUGCUCAAAUGUUCAAAAUACUGGUGUAUAAACACAUAAGGUGCAUCAUGCAAGGGGCACCUACAGGAUAAGGUAUUUGCAUUGUGGAAACACUCCCAGAUGGCUGGAGCAAGUGAGAUGUGGUACACUCUAGAGAAGAGAGCAAAGAUGGGGGUGGGGGAUCAGGCACAACUGACAGACUUUAUUUCUGUAAAAAUGACUUGAAAAACCAAACUUAAAAAACCCUAAAGCAUUUAAUGGAAUGUUUAUAUGGGAGUUGCAAUAUAAUAAAAUAAAAUGUUUUAUUUAUUUAG